AUGUUGAAUCAGAUUCGUACUCAGAGGAGGCACGGGCACCUUCUGCCGCGCUCCAAGGUGGUAGAACAGAAGAAAAUCAAGGAAAUAAUUUUUGCUGGAAGAUGCGUGAUUGUCGUGACUGAAGGUGGUGUCUGCCGAGCCUACGACACGAAGUCUACAAGAUUCUUAGCGGACCUCAAUCCUGGAGCUCCAUGGAAGAAGAUCACAACUGCAAUAUAUCAUGCAAAGAACGACACAGUCGUAGUUGUCUUUGAACCGAAUCCGGGUGGCUUGCAGUGCCAGGUCUUCAUUGCAUCGGUGACAAAUGUCGUCUUAUCCCACCCCGCAUUUUUCGAGUUCGAUGAGGCUAACGGAGUGAUCCUCGCUGCCCAGCAAGGCGACGUCCAGUCAUUCCAAUUUUGGAACCACACCAAGUUCAAGCUGGUGUUUUCUGUUCAUGGGGAGGAGUAUGAAGCGGUGUUUGACGUUGAAGAUGGAAGACGUGUGGCCGAAAUAAGCAUCCCAAUUGAUCAGUAUAGGCGCGUGGAAUUUUUGGAGCUCUUGGUAUCAAAACUUUUGUUCAAGCAGGAGCGCGCGAGUCUGCGCGUUAUUGACCUAUUGAACAAUGGAGCAAGCAUUAAGGUUCCACACACGCGAGACUCGUUUUCACCAGUUGGCUUCGUCUUUUUCGAGGUUCCUGAGAGAGUCAUGGGGAAGAAGUACCUGGACCAAAGGGCCAGAAGAUUUUUUACUAUUUCAUUGGACACCGUCCAGUUUUGGAUACUCGAGCAUAACAGGCUCGAUAAACUCUACAGUAUUAGGAUCCCUGGACUUCGAGAAGCUGGUUUGUGCCAGCAAUGCAUGGGUACAAACCUUCUGGCUAUCUGCCCAUCGCACGGACAAAAUAUGAAAUGUGAAAUCUCAGGCAGCUCCGAUGUAGCGUUUGUCAGUGCUCUGGAGCUUCAUCAACUCAAGCGCCCUGGUGGAGUACUCAAAGGAUUCCACCCUACAGAACCUGUCCCUGACCAACUUGGCGAACCUACCAAGAGAGGCUUGAAAAAUUCAGGGGACAGAAACAUCCUCUUCUUCUCCCUAGAAGAUGGUCAGUACAUAGGGAGUGUGUCGUCACAUCUCUGUGGAGAGAACGUCGAGGUUCUCCAGAUGUCUGCGGAAAACAUGGUAUGA